AUGGAUUGGCUGGCUAAGAAUCAAGCGAACAUAGACUGUCAGAGAAAGCGAGUGAUAAUUCAGGUGCCUGGUCAGCGUAAAAUCAUUUAUCAAGCGAAGCAUAAAACUUUUGACUGCUCAUUUAGCAUGAAUUUAGAAGUGAAAGAAAAGGAUAUCAAAGAAAUACCAGUCGUACGAAAUUUUCCUGAUGUUUUUCCAAGUGAAUUACCUGGAUUACCACCGGACCGAGAAAUGGAAUUUAGUAUAGACUUGACUUCGGGUACUGCUCCUAUCUCAAAGAGUCCGUACAGAAUGUCACCUGCUGAACUAAAGGAGUUGAAGAGGCAGAUUAAGGAGCUAAUAAAGGAUGGAGAUAUUCCAAAAACAGUGUUCCGCACAAGAUAUGGACAUUAUGAGUAUGUUGUUAUGCCAUUCGGAUUAACAAAUGCUCCUGCGGCCUUCAUGGAUUUGAUGAACCGAGUGUUCAGACCAUUUUUGGAUCAGUUUGUAGUUGUAUUUAUUGAUGAUAUUUUGAUUUAUUCAAAGACAGAAGAAGAGCAUGCUCAACACCUAGAAAUAGUUUUUCAGACAUUAAGGAAGCAUAAAUUAUAUGCAAAACUGAAGAAAUGUGAUUUCUGGUUAAAUAAGGUGACUUUUCUAGGACACAUUAUUUCAGGGGAAGGAAUAUCACCAGAUCCAACAAAAAUUCAGGCAAUAGUAGAUUGGAAGAGGCCAACCACCGUUACAGAAAUAAGAAGUUUCUUGGGAUUAGCAGGUUAUUACAGAAGAUUUAUUGAAGGCUUUGCACAGCUAGCAGCACCUUUGACACAUCUCACGCGCAAAGGGACAAAGUUUAUUUGGGAUGAAAAAUGUGAAGAAAACUUCCAAGAAUUAAAGCGACGAUUGGUGACGGCCCCUGUUUUAGCAGUGCCAAUCAGUGGAAUUGGAUUUACUAUAUUCUGUGAUGCUUUAAAAAUAGGCUUGGGUUGUGUGCUUAUGCAAAACAAUAAGGUAAUUGCUUAUGCUUCUCGACAGCUAAAGACACAUGAGAAAAAUUAUCCGACUCAUGAUUUGGAAUUGGGUGCUGUCAUCUUUGCAUUAAAAAUAUGGAGGCAUUAUUUGUAUGGAGAACGCUGUGAAAUUUAUACAGAUCAUAAGAGCCUGAAAUACAUAUUCACCCAGAAGGAAUUAAACAUGCGACAACGAAGGUGGUUAGAGUUACUUAAGGAUUAUGAUAUCAACAUAAAUUACCAUCCAGGCAGUGGGAAAAAGUUAAAUUUUAGUACGGCAUAUCAUCCUCAAUCCGAUGGACAGUCAGAACGAGUUAUACAAAUAUUGGAGGAUAUGCUGCGAGCAAGUGUGUUAGACUUCAAGGAAAAAUGGGAUGAAUCACUUCCUCUGAACGGUUCCUGGAACUAUGAGCUGUUGAAUGAAUAUUUUGUCGAUGCAGAUGUACAAGAGAUCGCGAAGAUCAGAGCAUCUCCGAGGCUGGAGGAAGAUGUGAUCGCAUGGGGACCAGGUAAACAUGGUGUGUUCACUGUUAAAUCGGCCUACACUCUGGCCUUUGAGGAAGCACACCUGGCGACGGAUAGGAAACACAAAAUCGGGUUCGAGGUUGGGAGCAGGUGUCCAGUUUGUGGGAGGGAGGAAGAAGAUAACUUUCACCCCUUCGUCAACUGCCAGUUUGGUCGAGACUUGUAUCUCGCUAUGGCUAAGGUAUGGAUGAUCCCGGAGAUAGAAUCUAUAGAGCAUAAUGGGAAGGAGUGGCUGCUUCAUGUUCUAGAGCCGUUGAAUGAUGUGGGGCGAAUGAUGGUUUUGAUGAUAUUUUGGAGGAGUUGGUUUGUCCGGAAUGAAGUGGUGCACUGCAAGCCUGCACCAUCUAUGGAGGCCUCUAUUCGUUUCUUGCGAAGCUACGUUGAUUCCCUGAUUGGAAUUAAGCUUUACCCACGAGCAGAUCCAGCAAAAGGCAAAUCUCCAAUUGUAUAUGAAAAACUGGUGCCAGCCGAAGGAGUCAUUAGUGCACCAGAGGAGAAAAGAUGGAGGCCUUUGGAGCUGGGGUGGAUUAAGCUAAAUACUGAUGGGUCCUUCAGUAUGGCUGAGAUGCCUUAG